AUGAAGUGUUUAACCUUUCUGUUCUUCCUUUUUUUGGGCCUCCUCUCCUUUCACAAUGUCAUGAGUACGAAGGAUAUCCCUGCCCAACAGGGUGACAAUCCCCUAACUCCACUGAACAAAUUCGACAAGUACUUUCUACGCAUGUACAACAAAACGUCCAGAUUACAACAAGGCGGAGGGAACUACAUAAAUGGAGUUAACAUGAAGAAUACGGUUUUCAUUUUGUACUUCUUCGCAAAAUGGUGCCACGCUUGUAAAAUGCAAGCAAGCGAAAUGGACAAACUGGAAAAGUUCUACGGUAAGAGAAUAUACAUUUUGAAGGUAGACAUAGACCAGAACGAAGCGAUGGCCAGAAAAUUCGCCGUGAAAUCCCUACCAACAAUUAUCAUCAUGAAAAAUAAGGCAGUGCUGGCGAGGAAAGAGCAUUUCGUCACGAGUAACGAUUUGGUUUCUCUCAUAAGAAAACAUUUGUGA